GAAUGCAUCAUCAGUUGAUUUCGUUUGGCGUUUAUCAGAUGAGACUUUCCACGGUUGGCAUCGGAGGAGUGGAGGCGUUUUAGGUUUAUUAAAAAUUACUGUUUUUGUCCAGCACGAAAAUGGAAAGCGAAAAGAUCGAGUUGUGCAAGAGCUUGAUUGAGUGGUUCAAAGUGUUAAAUUUGAGUGCGCCUCACUCUAAUCCGACUGAACUAAGCGAUGGCGUUGCACUGGCUCAAGCUCUAGCCCAAAUUGCCCCAGAAACUUUUACAGAAAGCUGGCUUUCGAAAAUUAAGGUUGAUGUUGGUACCAAUUGGCGUUUGAAAGUGAGCAACCUGAAAAAAGUUAUCGAGGGAAUAUUCGAUUUUUAUAACGACGCUUUAAAUUUAAAUCUAAUUGAAUUUGAACGUCCUGAUGCAUUGAAAAUUGCGGAGAAAAUUGAUCAAAUCCAACUCGGACGACUUCUACAAUUGGUGUUGGGAUGUGCUGUGAAUUGCGCUGAAAAGCAAACAUACAUUACGCAAAUCAUGCAAUUGGAAGAAUCACUUCAGCGUAACAUCAUGCGUGCUUUACAAGAUCUAGAAAAUGCCUGGCAAGGAGCAUCUCCGUCGCGAAGUUCAUUGAGUAUAGCGAACUUUGAUUUGAAAAUUUUGCAAGAGGAACGUGACGCGUUGGCACAGAAAUGCUAUGAAAGUGAAAAGCAGAUAACUUUAUUGUUGGAAGAGAAGUCGACGAUGCAACUGGAAAUAAGUAAAUUGCAGAAUGAAAUGCGAAGACUAGAAAAUCCAACUGUGAUUGGGGACGAUGGUAUGUCCAUUGGCCCCGUUCAACCAGGUUCAGCGCGAUACAACGAGCUUCGCCGACAACUUGAUUUGCUCAAGGAUGAGCUCAUCCAAUCGGAAACAUCUAGAGAGGAUCUUCGAUCGAAAACUAUUCAACAAGAAAAGGAAAUUUCAAUGCUUCAGCAAAAAGUUGAUGAACUGAGCAAAACUACAUCUGAACUAUCUCAACUCAAAGAUGAGUUGGAUAUUGUGCGUGAGGCAAAUGAAAAAUUGAAAAUCAGCGAGGCUCAUUUGGCAACUUAUAAAAAGAAACUGGAAGAUUACAACGAUUUGAAGAAGCAAAUUAAGAUGUUGGAAGAACGGAGUGCUGAGUAUUUGAGGCAGAAUACCGAAUUUGAAGAAGACUCAAAGAAGUAUUCAACAUUGAAGGGACAAGUGGAACUGUACAAGAAAGAAAUUCAAGAGCUCCAUGCAAAACUUGACAACGAAAUGAGUAAAAUAGUUAAGCUUGAAUUUGAUAAUAAAAAUCUGGAGAGUCAAGUGACCGCUUUACAACGCACCAAGGACAGUCUGCUAGCAGAAAGGGAUGCACUGCGAGAAACUAUUGAUGAAUUACGUUGCGGAGAAAUAUCUGGUAAUGUUCUUGUGAACUUUUCAACAUAUUGCGACCAUAAUAAAAAUAUAAAAUAUUUAGAAUCUGGUAACACAGUUUCGAAAGAACUAUUGUCUCCAGCGCUGAAAGAUAAAAUUGAACGUUUGGAAGCAGAAAACAAAGCUCUACGGGAAGGGCAGGGUGGACAAACGGCACUGGCACAACUGCUUGAUGAUGCCAACAAGCGUAAUGAAAAUUUACGUGAACAGUUGAAGCAUUCAAAUGAACGUAUUCUUUCUUUAACACAAGCAUCACAAAGUGAUGAUCCCACAUUGAAAGGAGCGGAACUUGCUAAGCAAUUGAAACAGGUCAUCGAAUUGAAUGAACAGAAAGCUAUUCAACUGGACGAAGCGCAUACUAGGAUAGCGCAAGUAGAAAGUACACUGGCUACUAGGGAACAGGAGUUAGUAGCAUUUGAAGCGAAAUAUCGAAAAUGUGUGGAGAAAGCAAAAGAAGUUAUCAAAAGCUUCGAUCCCCGAGUGGCAAGUGUUCUGGAAACAAAUUUGCUGGACAAAAGCUCAGAUGUAGAAUCGGAACACAAAGCCGGGAUGACAGCCCAGGAAGAAAAGCUUAUGGCGACAGCUUUUUAUAAAUUUGGACUAAAAUGUCAACGCGAUGCUGUGGAUGCGAAACUUAGUUUACUUAUGGGACAAGGACAGAGUUUCUUAGCGCGUCAAAGGCAAUCCGCACCUCGAAAAUCAUUAACUUCUACUUAUAAGCCGAACUGAAAUGAAAUGGUUGAAAGUUUUAAGAGAAAUAUUUAUAAAGAUAUAUUUACACAUCGAUAUUGUUAGGGAUGGGUUGUCGAUAUUUAAGAGGCAAAAACUGGAGGACCCGUUUAGCGACGAUCUUAUCUUUCACACUACAUAUUUUAUAAUGAAAUAUUCGAUUGUUUUCCAUAUUUAUAUAUUUUCAUGAUAUGGCUUUUACACAUAUAGUUUCGAUUCAAUAAAUCGGUUAGAAUCAAUAA